AUGGAAUACGAUGAUAACCGUGAACUCGAGACUAGGCACAUCCGAAGUGAUCGUUUAGAGAGAGGUCUCGGAGGUAUUUCAUCAUCCAAUGAUGGCAACCACACGAGUAGUUCAUUCUCUGCAAGUUUGAAACGUACGCCUACUUGGAUGAUUUACAUGCUCAUCGGAAUGGGAAUUUUGGUAAUGCUUUCAUUGACUUUGAAUAUUGUAUUGUAUGUGAUUGGGUUGAGACAACAUACUGAAGAUAUUGUCAUUCCAAAGAAUGUCAUUUUUAUGAUUGGAGAUGGAUUUGGACCAGCAGCUCAAACAUUUGCCAGAGUAAUGAUGAAAAAUUCUGUCGAACACAACAAGUCGCUGGCAUUAGACUCAUUUCUUGUGGGUAGUUCAAGAACUUUUUCAUCCGAUAGUGAUGUCACAGAUAGUGCUGCAGGGGCUACUGCUUUUUCAUGUGCAUUGAAGAGUUAUAAUGGAGCAAUUGGUGUUGAUCCAUCAAAGAAGCCAUGUGGUACAUUAUUGGAAGCAGCCUUAAAGAAGGGAAUGAGAACAGGUUUGGUGGCCACAAAUCCUGUCACAGAUGCCACACCAGCUGCCUUCUCUGCUCACGUUUCAUAUAGAUCCAUGCAAGAUAAAAUUGCAUAUCAACAAAUUCGUAUGAUGGCAGAUCUCUUUGGUAAAAUACACGACAGAAAAUAUGGAAUUGAUAUCAUCUUGGGAGGUGGUAGAUCUUAUUUUCUUCCAAAAGAAUCGAGUGGUAGUUUAAGAAAGGACUCUAUUGAUCUUGUUCAGACUGCCAAAGAUCAAGGCUAUCAAUACGUUACCAAUGUGGAUGAGUUGUUAAAAGUUGAUAAACUUCCUCUCUUGGGAUUAUUUGCUCCAACCACCAUGAAAUACACGAUUGAUCGAUUGAAAACAAAUGAACCUGAACCAACACUUCCUCAAAUGACAACAAAGGCCUUAGAACUUAUUAGUAAGGACAAUAAGAAUGGAUUCUUUUUGAUGGUAGAAGGUUCAAGAAUUGAUCAUUGUGCUCACUCCAAUGAUAUUGCUUGUCAAUGGCAAGAAGUCAUUGCUUACAAUGAAGCUUUUAAAAUUGUUCAAGAAUUUGCUGCAAAUAAUCCAGAUACUCUUGUCAUCUCAACUGCAGAUCAUGAGACAGGUGGUAUCACUCUCAAUAGAGACGUGGAUGGUGAUUCUGAAUAUGCAUUCUAUACUGAACAAAUUCGUCCCAUCAAACACAGUACUGAAUAUAUUGCUAAUCUGAUUACAGAUCCAACUAAUUUCACACAAGUAUCACUUGUAUUAUCUGAAAAUGGAAUUCCAAAUUUAACCUUUGAUGAACACAAAUUAAUGCAAAGUAUUCAACCUCCUCUCAUGUUUGGAAUUGAUGAGGUCAUUAAUAGAAGAGCAAGAAUUGGAUUCUCAACACGAGGUCACACCGCUGUCGAUGUGAAUGUUUAUAGUUUUGGACCUGGAUCACAAAAUUAUUAUGGAAACAGAGACAAUACUGAUUUGGGUAAAAUUGUUGCAAAUUUACUCGGUUUUAAUUUGACAGAAAUUACAACAGAAGUGAAUACUUAUUUGAAGGCAAAUCCAUAA